CAGUAUAUGUGGCGCACGGAUUCUCCUCGCAGGGUCAUUAUCUCGCUACCACGCAGAAUCUGUUGAACUUGGAGAUAUCCCGCUGUUAAUUCCCUCGUAGUCCCUUCCCCCUUCUAUCGUCUCGCCUGCAUUCCUAGCAUUAGUAUAUUUUUUUCCAAGAACCGUCGCGAUGAAGCCGCUUGUGUAUGCCAUCCUCCUUCUCGUCCUCCUCGGCACUCUCGAUGCCGCGCUCGCGCGUCCCAAGAGGGCCCGCCCUAAGCGCGCCAGCCCCGCGGUCUUUAUGGACGGGCGCCGCUGGUAUCCGCACCCCCACGCGUUCCGCCCCAAGCGCGCCAGCCUUGCGCACCCGCUGCUAGACCAGCGCGAGCCGUCUCCGCGCAGGUUCCGCCUCAAGCGCCACAGCCUUGCGCACCCGCUGCUAGACCAGCGUGAGCCGUCUCCGCGCAGGUUCCGCCUCAAGCGCCACAGCCUUGCGCAUCCGCUGCUAGAUCAGCGCGAGCCGUCUCCGCGCAGGUUCCGCCCCAAGCGCGCCAGACUCGUGUCGCGCACGUCAUACGACCCUGAAGGCGACUUCGCGAUGUCCCAUCACUACCGCCCCAAGCGCGCCAGCCCCGCGCACGCUAGCGGUCCGCGGAUGCUGCGCGGAGGCGGGGCGGAGAUGGGCCCUGUGACUCGGUAUAGUACUGUGGACCCAAAUGACUAUUAUCCGGAUUGGUACACUCCGCCGUCUUACUGGACUGACCUGGGAUAUGGAAGCAGCUGGGACUAUGGCAGCGACAUGAGCCCUUACGGGGAUUAUUACCUGAAUCUGAAUGAUCAGUUGUUCGGUUCUGAUGGUGAUUGGACGAAUGGAGGGUCCGGAGACUUUAGCUCAGUGUAUGGAGGAUACGGAGACUAUGGAUCUUAUUAGCCGGUCACGAGUGUGGAUGUUGCCUUGUCUGUUCUUUGCACGGAAAUCAUUCGCCGCUUUAGGGAGCAUUCGGCGGCAUAGCGUUCAGGGCAUUGGCGGCGCACACGCUGCAGUAAGGUUUUUUCCUUGUGCUAGUAGUUCUGGGAGAGAUUCAGUGUGUGGGCUGGAAUGCUAUAUUAAUUUUGAACUGUUUUGUCUUUUGUAG